AACAUCAACGUUACAGAAACUCAUGGCAUGUCAACAGGAAUUGUGAACGAAUUAUGAAGUAACUAGAUUUGUGAAUAAAAUCAAGACGUCUUUUUUAUUUACCUAUAAUGAAGACAUGACGUCAGUAAUUCUCUCUGCGGUUGAUAUCCUCACCAAACCUCUGGGUGAUGGGUCCAGGCCAAAUGCUCAGUCCUCCCACCAAGAGGCUCUUCUGGAGGUGCUACAAGCCAACAGAGACCUCCUCCUGGAGCGGCUUAACAAUGACACCAUCUUCCAGGAGGUGAGAAGGCUGAGAGAGGAGGUGAUGGCAGAGGCAGACUGGUUCUCCACUGACACUGAGGACACAGUAUGGGCCUUUGUUCAGGAGUGUCUCCUCCUGUUUCUCACCUUAGCUCGACACAUCUCUGUUGAACUUGAGCUUUUCAAGCAGACGCCUCCUCCCUCUGCAGCAAAACAACGCACAGCAGAGAUGGCUCCUCCUCUCCCCCCUGACGUCCUCAGUGUGAGCCAGCAGAAGUCCCUCGGAGCUGCUCUUCAGUUUGUGGUUUCUUUGGGGCUCUGUCCCUACCUUGCUCCUGGAGUGGGUGUGCCUUUAGGCUGCAGGUCGUCGUUUGGUGCCACAGUGGAAAAACUCGUCUGCAGAGGGACAGUUGUAGGAAGAAAACGGCGCCUUCUUACCACCACAAUGGUGCUCUUAAAGCUGGCAGAGCUAUCCUCUCUCGCCACACUGGUGUUCACGCGACAUCUGGGGGAUGUGAUGGCUGCACUGUGCCAACUCGGCUAUCAACCACAGAGGGCAGAGGGAGGCACAGAGGAGGAGAAGGAUCUCAGUGCUGAGGAACGUCAGACUUGCAAGGAGACACUAAAAAGCCUUCUGGGAAAAGUUUACCAGCCAAUUGUAAUCAAGGAGCUGCUGAUCCUACAAGGUGGACCCAAACAGUCUCCUACUGUUGGGGUUUCCAGUGGUUCAGGCAGCAGGACAGCUCUGGGAUCAGCUCCCGCCUGGCUGAGGCGUCUCUGUGGUCAGCUGCUCUCUGAGCGCCUGAUGCAGCCAAACGGCGUCCAGGCCGUGGUCAGAGCCGUACUGGGAGGAGGAACAGGGGGCGAGUCAGACUGGAAGAAAUGUGAAUGUGUGGCUCGGAUCCUGGUGACCUGCCCUCAACAGUCUGCUUCAGCAGACAGCUACUACAGACAAGUCUGCCCUCAGAUCCUGGAGCUGUUGCACUUAAAGGACAAGCUAACAGCCCAGCAGUUCCAGCUCGUGGCCACCAGGGCGGUGCUCUCUAUGGUGCAGGAGAAACCCAGUUUUGCUCAGGAAUACCUGCUCGCUCCUCUGCUCGCACCGCUCCAUCGCUGCACUACAGCCUCUGAUGAUGGUUGUUCUCAGACAGCUGUGGAGGAGUGGGAGCUGACUCGAUGUGUUGAGGAUGUCUAUAAAAUCUGGGUGGUUGGAAACAGUCCAUUAGCUUCUCUCCAAAAAUCCUUGAAAGAAGUUCUUCCUGUGAUCUUCACGCUCUUCUGUUUCACCAAGCAGAACAUCUCACACCUGCGUGCCACCUGUCAGGAGAUUUUGCUGUGGUUCCUGAGUCACACUGAUCCGUCUGUGGCUCUACCCGCUCUGAGGCAGCUCUCCGGUCUCCAGGUAGAGAAGAAGAACGAGAUAGCAGCAAGCUUCAGCUUCAGCCCGGGCAGUGAUGGGGGAGUGAAACUCUGCUCCAGAGAGGGCUGCAGUGACGAAGAUGAUGCUCUGUAUGAGAAACUGUCAGGAGAGCAGUGGAGGCUGGAGUGUUUGAUGCAGCUGUUGGCUGAACUCAAAGACUCCGACCUUCCUGGAGACUUUUUCCUGGCCCUGCUACAGGAGCUGACCAGCUGGGCAGCUGCAGAGGAUGAAGAGCACAAGGAUGAAGAGGAGUUGGACGUGUCGGCCAUGACACUCUUAGAGGUGGAGCAGCAGCUGCUGGGUCGGGCUGAGAGACGAGAACAGAGACUGGCUUUGCUGCAGGUGUUAGCUAUGAUGGUUGAGUCUCUACAGCAUACUGUGCUGCUUAGAAAAAACACUCAGGUUGUGAACUUCCUUGUGUCUCUGCUUCAGAGAGCCUGUGUGGGUCUAGAUCACACCCCUGGUUCAGGUCUUGAUAAUCCAGUGGAGAGUGAGACUCUGAGCAUGGGGAUUGGCUUGGUGGCCACUCUGCUGUCAGGACCUCAGCUGAGUGCAGAGGAUUACUGCUCCAUGUCCAGGCUGCUCUCGCCACUCGAGACUCUCUCUCAGAAGCAUCCAGAAGUCUUCAUCCAGGAGCUGGCAUCCAACCUCAGAACUGUCAUUGCCACACAUGGAGCCUACAGGCCAGAAAACCUCACCACUGCUGCUCAACCCUCCAGAAACCCUGAAACAACAGCAAAGAAAAACAGUGCUCCUUGUAGGAAAAAGCAAAAGAUCACACCUGAAGCAAAGAGCUCAGAGACUAGACCUACAUCCUCUCCCACAGACCGUAAAUCACAAAGCAGCACCCAAAUAAGACCUCCACUGUCACCCGUAGGGUCUACAGCAGCAAAAGGAAGUCAAGGGAAGACUUCUUCCACCAGUGAACCACAGCCCCCGACCAAAACCUUCUCUGAAUGCAUGUUAGAGGCGUGUGACCCUGAUGUUCCCACAAGAGCGUUCGCCCUGAGAGUCUUGACACAGAUGGUGCAAAAUAAAAUCCCAGAGGCUAUCCAGAACCAGGAGAAAGUUCUCACGCUGUACUUAGAAAACUUGGAGCAUGAAGACUCAUUUGUUUACCUGUCAGCCAUCCAAGGUCUGUUUGUCUUGGCUGAUUCAUACCCUGAGAGGAUCUUGGAGAGACUCUUUAAAGACUUCCAGCAUGGUCCCUCUCUCCCCACAUCCAAAAAGGACCACUCCCUGGAGACUCGCCUCAAAGUGGGAGAAGUCCUGAUGAGAGCAAGCAGGGCGAUGGGGGACCUUGCACCCCAUCUUGGCCGUCCUCUGGUUGGUGUUUUCCUGCAGGGAACUAGGGAUCCAGACCAAAGUGUGCGGGCCAGCAGUCUGUCCAACCUGGGGGAGCUUUGUCAGAGACUGGAUUAUUCUCUGGGAACACUGGCACAAGAGCUGAGCUCCUGUUUGACGGCUCUGAUCAAGACAGAAAAAGAGGCAGAGGUGAGAAGAGCUGCGGUCCACGUUAUCACCCUGCUGCUUCGAGGCCUCAGUGACAAAACCACCCAGGUUCUCAGAGAUGUUCUCUUAGACCUGUAUCGGGCUCUGAAGUGGGUGGUCCGCUCAGACCUGGAUGAAGUGGCAGUGCUCCACGCCCAGCUGGCUCUGGAGGAGCUUGACGAUGUCAUGAAGAGGUUCAUCUUCCCUGAGCAGAAGCUGGAGAAGAAGAUUGUAGUGCUGCCAUAGACUUCAAAGUUCACUUAAGCUGGGACUUUGUAGUUUGGAUUUUAUAAAGGUGCCUUUUCUUGCAGAUAGUUUCACACUAACAUUUUUUCAGCCAAGAGACGUCAGAGCUAUAAACGGUCACCGAGAGGUCGCAGCUAAAACCUGAUGGCAGCCUCACCAAGUCUUUCCUCAGUAGAAAAAUUGAUCCUACACCCUUCUGAUCUUUGGUUUGACAUUUCACCUCCCAAUAAAUUUUCGGACCCAU